UCCAGCAUGAUGCUCUCAAGUACUGCAGCUGCUGUCUUUCUGUUGCUGGGCUUAUCAAGGUGUUUUACUCUGCCUAUAUCAGAUGAAGACGAUAGUGAUGAAUUCAGCAGGAAAGAUUUUGAGUCUGUAGAGCACUAUCUAAAGACUUAUUACAAUCUCCGAUCUGGUCCUGCUGGUAUGUUGAGGAAGUCAGCAGAUGCAGUAGCAUCCAAACUGCGAGAAAUGCAGGCAUUUUUCGGACUGGAAGUAACAGGCAAGCUAGAUGAAGACACAUACGAGCUCAUGCAACAGCCGCGAUGUGGUGUUCCUGAUGUGGGGGAAUACAAUUUUUUCCCUCGGAAGCUGAAGUGGAACAAAAAUGAAUUAACAUACAGGAUUGUGAAUUAUACCCCAGAUCUGACAAAGGCUGAAGUGGACAGAGCAUUCAAGAAGGCUUUUAAGGUCUGGUCUGAUGUGACACCACUCAACUUUACUAGAAUUCGCAGUGGCACUGCUGACAUCAUGAUCUCCUUUGGAAGAAGAGAGCAUGGUGACUUCUAUCCCUUUGAUGGGCCUUCUGGACUACUGGCUCAUGCUUUCCCUCCUGGACCAGAUUCUGGAGGGGAUGCUCAUUUUGAUGAGGAUGAACUCUGGUCAACAGAUUCCAAAGGAUACAACUUGUUUCUUGUUGCUGCCCAUGAGUUUGGUCAUUCCCUGGGACUUGAGCAUUCCAGAGACCCAGGAGCUCUGAUGUAUCCAAUUUACACAUACACAGGCAAAAGUGGCUUCUUGCUGCCAGAUGAUGAUGUACAAGGAAUCCAGAUACUCUAUGGUGCAGGAGACCAUGAUCCCAAUCCCGACCACCCCAAAACUCCCGAGAAAUGCGCGGCAAACUUGACACUUGAUGCCAUUACAGAACUUCGAGGAGAAAUGAUGAUCUUCAAAGACAGAUUCUUCUGGCGUCUGCACCCUCAAAUGGUUGAAGCAGAUUUGGUCCAAAUUAAGUCAUUUUGGCCAGAAAUUCCAGGCAAGAUCGAUGCAGCAUAUGAACAUCCUGCCAAUGACCAUGUGUUGCUCUUUAGGGGCAGGAAAUUUUGGGCUUUGAAUGGCUAUGACAUCGUUGAGGGCUACCCCAAGAAAAUUUAUGAAUUGGGCUUGCCAAGAUCCGCAAAGUCAAUAGAUGCAGCUGUCCACAUCACCAACACUGGCAAAACUCUCUUCUUCAUAGGAGAAAAAUACUGGAGUUAUGAUGAAAAUAACCAAUUGAUGGAAAAAGGCUUCCCUAGGCUUAUAGAGGAUGAUUUCCCAGGGAUUGGUCACCGAGUGGAUGCAGCCUAUCAGAAAAAUGGCUAUAUCUACUUUUUCAAUGGACCACUGCAAUUUGAAUUCAGCAUCUGGGGUGAAAGAAUUAUUCGGGUCUUGAACACCAACUCUAUUUUCUGGUGUUGAUUGCAUCAGAACAGGUUCUGAGCUGUGGAACACUUUGUGACCCAUGAAAAAUAAUACAGUAGGCUAUGGUGUAUUUUUAAUCUAGAAGCUUGAUUCUGUGAACAAGCUCUGGUCAUUCUGCCAUUGAAUUUAUACUGUAUAUAUGGGACUUUAUGGCACUACAUAUAUCAGUCUGGAACUGAGUUAAAUUAAAAAGAGUAGCAUUCAUUUAUAAAUAUCUGAGGGCGUUACAGUAUUUAAAAGUCAAAUGAGCAAAUGAACAAUCUUCCUGUCAAAUACUGAUUGAAUCAGUUCUGCAGUAUUCAAGAGCUGCAGGUGAAUUAGGACCUUGCAGAAGGAUUUUAGCACCUUUCAGGAUAAGACCCCGCCCUCCCAAGCCUAAGGAUAAAGCUAGGUUUUGCAUCUGCUGACCCAGAGAUGGUACCACUUGUGUUAAGGAUCCAGAGCAGUGAGACAUUGAGGUUGUUCACAUGACCAGGCAAACAGGGCAGGCUAGUGAAGUGUACCUUCCCUCCAGACGAGCAAUGGCUUACUUCUGGAAGUGCGGACCAUGCUCUCAGAUGAGCAGCGCUACCGGCAGCAAUGAGGAUGAAUCUCUGUGCUGCUUCCGGUAGUGCAGGUAAACAGAGGCCAGGACUGUGCAACAAGCAUGAUGCUUCAGAGGAUUCCCCCAAGAGACAGGCAUUCUAGGCAUCAAUAUGCUUAACAUAUUGAAGCAGCCCAGCUCACACAUGAGCAAGUAGCCCGGGUUUAAGGAGCGCUAGCAGCCAGGUAAAGAAGCUGGGCUAAGGGACGCUGGCCUGACAAGAUUGGGCCCAAUCCCGGCAGUUCUCACGUGCAGCCUAACCCAGGCUGGGCAUCCCACUAGGUAAGAACUCAUUAGGAACUCAGACUCACUAGGUAGGAAUGAUGUUUCCUGUCCCUGUUCUGCACUGGUACCCUUUGCCAUCCUUCUUCCCAGUCUUCAGUAAGAAGAUGGACUGCAUCAAAUAGAUACAGGAAGGUGAAUGGUCCAGAGAGCCACAAGUUUUGUGUCCUGGUGACCAAAUGUGUGGUCACCAGGACCCACAAGGCUGAGAUCUUGUCUCUGGUGUCUCACCAUGCUUCAGAACCAGAACAUGAGUCCAGGAACAAUUCAUCUCUUCAGGUUUGGAGCAGGAGAGGCAUGAUCUGCAGUGCUUCCAAAGAAUUCCAAGAACCCCAGAAGCACACUAUGAAAAAAAAGCCUCAGCCCUAGAGCUGGAGAGGGGGAAAUUGAUUAUUCCUGCAGUCCACUUGCUUUUCAGGCUGCUCUGAGCACCUCUGAAAUGCCCCAUAUUUGUGGAGAUGAUUCUGCCCCACUAUCUAAUUCCAAGACUGGGAGGAAGGUUGGAGUUAAUCAUGCUCACUAGAGAGUGUUUCGGAAUGCUCAGCAUGGCAAGUGGAAUUGUGGACCCCUGGAAUGGACAUUAUCAUUUUAUAGGCACUCCGCUCUCAUUUUCAUGAAUGCUUCUCCAAUGUUUUGUUUUGUUUUUUAAACCCAUUUGGUAUUUAUUCUUGUAUUGUCUGUAAAUUCCCAGCACAAAGACAGCAUAUGAUGCAAUGAUGAUAUUUUGACUUUACGUUGUGUUUUUAAAUAUGCUAAAUAAACUAUAUAGA